UGAUACAUCAUGGGAAACCAGAGGGAUGAACGUUCAGCUCGCAAGGACAUCUUCAAAACCAGCCUGUUGAGAGAGUGGACACACUGAUUCGCACAUGAAAACCAAUAUGUGAAUGUCUGGAUAACGUUUUACUCAUACUUGCUCAUUGAAAAGGGAUGCCAUCACGGAUCAUCAUGGAAAAGCAGAAAUCAGUGAAUGCUGCUACUUCAUCAAAAUUGAUCGGAGAAUCCUGUACCUUUAUCUGCACAGAAUGUGGUGAUGGGUUCAGUCAGUACUCUUAUCUAUUGAGCCACAUGACCAUUCAUGGACCUCUAGAGUCAUUUUCCUUUGAUGGCUCAUCAAAUGGAUUUGAAGUCCCUCGGGAAUAUGUGCUGCAAGAAAAUGGUACACUAACAGUUGUGAACGGCUUGGAGUCACAAUCUUCUGUAAAACCAGUAUCUUCUGGAGUCCUGCCAUCUCAUUUCCCAUCCGCCAUCAAACGCAUGUCUCCAACUCUGAAGCCACAGCAUUCUCCUUAUAAUAGAGAUGUGUUCGGGCCAAGGCCAUCUGACUUGAACCUAGACAAGUCCCGCCAGGGGCAUUACCGUUGUGAAAUAUGUAGCAGAUCAUUUAACAGCCUGCAGAGUUUGCAUCGUCACCAGCAGUAUCGAAACACAGAGCGAGGUUAUAAGUGUACUCUGUGUUGUAAGAUCUUUGAAGGUAGACAGGACCUUAAGAAACACCUCCAAGACCAUGUCAAAGAAAGAUUUCAUUGCUGUAGUCAUUGUGGUAAGCGAUUCCUUCAAAUAGAUGCACUAAAUGCUCAUCACAAAGAAAAUCACCUCCCCAAGGCUACAGCUUUGGAUGGAUGUGUGAUUAGGCAGGAGAAUAAUCUGGAGAAAUCAUAUCCUUGCAGGAAGUGCAAGUUGAAUUUUUUCUGGAUGUCAGAUUUUCAGACUCAUUCACUGCAUCAUUGCAAAGGAAAAGAGCCUGAAGAACCAUUAGCAUCCGAAAUUGAAGUGAAGUCUAAGAACAUAGAAGACACACCACCUAGAAAUGUCUACAGUAAUGGGACAUCUGUUGGUGUAAAUAUUGGAGAUAGUAAAAUCUUUAGGGAUACUAGCAAUAAGAUUGUUGCUGAUUUCUCUCCAACACCAUACAGAUGCGGUUUGUGUGGUGAUCGUUUCCAAAGGUUAACAUCUCUAAAGGAACAUCAUCGCACACAUCAAACUCAGGAGGAAAUAGAUAAGCUGAAUCAAGAAUCAGAGAAAACAAUUCGGCGAAGAAUGCCGCCUAAAGGCCGACGUAGAAGGACGAGUAAUCCAAAUGGCAAGCUGCAUCCUUGCAAGCAGUGUCAACGUGUUUUCAACCAUUCUAGCAGUUUAUCUCGGCACAUGAGAUACCAUAAGGGUACAAUGCACACAUGUGUAUUUUGUGGUAGACAUUUCCCACAGCGCUGUGAUUUAAGAAGGCAUCUAGCCAUGUAUCACAAAGCAGAAUCGGAAAAGAAACCAGGUUUGAAACACUUGUACACAAAUCCCAAAAAUGGGCCAGACACCAGUCCUUUCAAUGGUGAAACAUACGCAGACUCUACUGAUGAGAAAACCAAGAGCUCCUCUGACAAUGAACAAAUGUCAUCACUAGAGCAGCAAUCAAAGAGCAAACAAUCAGGAAAAGCUGGCCGAGUUAACUACAAGUGCCAAGAAUGUGGAAAGAGAUUUGGGCUGCUAUGUGUAUACCAACGGCACUUGCGCUAUCACAAAAAGGAACCUAGUAAGUCCCAGAGGCAUCCAGCUCAAGUCAGGAACACUUUGUCCCUUGAGCUUCAGCUUGAGAAUCACCCAAGCUCUGGAGGUGCAAAUGAUGUUGAACAAACAUCUUACAGCAGAAGGGACGCUGUUUUAGAAAAGGGGAAUGCAGAUGACAUAGAGGAUGACUGUAUGGACCAUACUCAAAAUGACAAAGGAAAUUCCUCAGAGGUCCUUUACGAAUGUACUGAAUGCACCGAGACAUUCUCAUGCCUGGACACAUUCCUUCAGCACCAGACUUCUCAUGGCUCAGAAAACGGGUAAUUAUCGUGUCAACCCCAAUCGUAACUGUAAUUGCCAACAACCAAGCUCUCGGGAGUUGUCUUUUUUACUCUUUUGAAUACAAGUAUUUCAAUAACUGUAUGAUGUAAAGUUUGUUACAUUUUUUUUUGACGAACUACUUUAAUACAUUUUUCUUUGGCAUGACAAGAAACAUCUGUUAAUAAGGAAAUAUCAGAAAUCAUGGCUUGGGUGGGAAGCAUACCAAAUUAAUGUGAAAAAAAAA